AUGAUGUAUCUGAAGCGAUCAAAAGCCGUUUGUACAGAAGAGAUCAUUCAUGCGCCAAGCUCUCUCAUCUACAACGCCCUCCUCGAUUUUCGCCAAUAUCACGUCUGGAACACCUUCGUCACCGAAGUUCAGCUACCGGCAGCUGUGCAGACUCCAGCAGAUGUGUAUCUCGGCUUGGACAUGGUCUUCACUACUCAGGGCCUGGUACCAGGCGUUGACACGUUGAGCAUCGAGGUAAUUACUUUGCUUGAUCCGCCAGCACCACACAAGCAACCGGCGAAGUGGAAGGACUGGAACCAUGAUGAUGGCUACUCGAUCGUUGCAUGGGAAAGCGGUGUUGCGGUUCAGGCUGAACAUCCGACGAGCUUGCAGGAACUAGGUGGAGGAAACGUGAGGAUGAUUAGCUGGGAGACUUACUACAGGCCUAAUGAUACUGUGGUGUUGCCGAUUGCGGGCGCGUUGCAGAGUGCAUUUGUGCAGCAGGGCAGAGAUUUGAAGGCUUACGUUGAGGGACUGAUCUAA